CAACAACAACAAACUUGAAGGACUUGAAGGACUUGCGUUUUGUUUGCCAAAAAACAUCUAAAUUUUUCUUUGGUUUCGCAAAUAGUGACGAUAGGACCAAGCUGUGUUUGCAACAGGACUAUACUUUUUGAGUAAAAUUUUAGUGGAAGUUCAUCAGCUGAAUGGAACAAAGCUUCCCUCAAGCUUUUCGUAUCCAAUCCCGAAAAUUGAAGCAAAGUUCCAAGUGCAGAGUUUAUAUAUAGAUCCUUUAGCCGGAAGUCUACACAAGUUGCUGUGAUGAUAGGAAUCAAACUUACAAGGAAACUUUUUCAGUUCAAUUUUACUCCUAAAUUUGCUUCAAAAUUGUCAAUGAGAAGUGUUUAUAAUGGCUUUUGUAAGGAAGAUGGCAUCAUCACCAGACCAGAUGUGAAAACUUCAUUUGUUUAUGAUAAUACUCUGAACACUAGUCAGUUGAAAAGAAUUGAUUACACAAAAUGUGUUGGAAAUUAUGUUGUUGAUAACUAUGAAAAUACACUACUGGAUUUAUAUCAACAGAACGGAUCCCUGCCUCUAGGUUACAACCAUCCCAGCCUAGCCAACGCCGUCCAGUCGCUGGAAAUGACAACGGCAUACACCAACUUUGGCCCAAAUUCAUUUCCACCUGAUAGAUAUUUUCAGUUGUUGGAUCAAACAUUGCUGGCAGUUGCUCCAAGUAGUUUAUCAUGUGUGCAAACAGUGGAUACCAUGUCUAAUCCCAUAAUGCAUGCAGUUAAUGCAGCUGUAACUAGAUACCAAGCAUUGCAUCAAGGAAUAUGGGAUUCAACAUAUAAAGGUUUUCAUCAUGAAGAAAGAGUAUCUGCCAAAUGUUUUUCUGUUCUUGCAUUUCAAGGCUCCUCACACAACUUGCCCAUAGUACCCUUCCAUAUGAUGUACGUUCCAUUUCCAAAAUUAAAAUAUCCAUUUGAUGAAUACAUUAUGUACAACAGAGCAGAAGAAAGCCAAUGUUUAGAAAAGUGUUUUGAAACAAUCAAAGAUUGUGCUAAUCAAUUAAAGCAUGCAGCUGCUUUUGUUGUUGACCCAACCUUGCUUUGUGAAGGUGACGUUUCACCAGAAUUUUACAACUGUCUUCGAACAAUAUGUGAAGAGUUUGAUGUGGCUUUCAUUGUGAAUGAAGUUGAUACAGGUUUAGGUGUUACUGGAAAAUUUUGGGCUCAUCAACAUUGGAAUUUGACAAAAUCACCAGAUGUUGUAGUGUUUGGUAAGAAGAUGAUGAUGUCUGGAUUUUAUUUUCGUCCUGAUUUUCAUCCGAACCAGUCAUUCUCAACGAUAUGCGGUUCAACAGACGAACCGGCCAACUUGGUAUUGUUGGAGACUAUAUUGCGCACAAUAUGUGAAGACAAUUUAUUUGAACGUACCCACGAAGCUUCUCUUGUACUGGCUACAAACUGCAAAAUGUUGGAGGAAUCUUACCCGGAUUUGAUUGAAUCUAUUCACUGUCAUGGAACAUUAUGCGCAGUGACCUUUCUUGAUGAGUUGGUUAGCAAAGAAGCAGAGUUGAUGUUCCUCAAUGCUGGUUUGCAUUUUGGUCGAACAAACAGCAGAGCCCUGGUAUCGAGGCCAGCGUUAAUCUUUACAGGCGAGCAUGCGCAGUACACACAUGAUCUGUUAGACACGACGUUGGGCAAGCUAAGCAGAGACUUAGCCCGUAAAAAUCGAAAAGUAUAAAACAUUGUUUAUGACGUUUGAUUUAUCCCUAAAACAAAUUUGAUUCAGAUUGUAUAUUGGAGGUUAUGUAAAUCAGUCGAAUCUUUUUGGUAGACACGGAGUGGCCGCAAUACAGAUGUUUCUUUAACAGGAAUAAUACCGCGAAAAUCUGGUGUCUACUACUCUAUGGUUCGACCAUUUUAUUUUUACGUGUGAUUUUUUUACACUCUUUUUUUACACUCUCUUUUAGUAUACUCUCUAGGGGUAACAACCGGUAUUUGCUAGAGAUUAAAGAGAGUUUGUUCAUAAUGCGGGAUAGUCCCCAGUUGAAUAACAACAUUAGAUCUGCUCCAUUGUAUUUAUACAAUUAGUAUUUAAUAUGUAACUAUGGUUGCUGUUAAACUUGUAUACAUUUAGGAGAACAUUGUACGUUUUUGAUUGCUUGAAAAUGGGUGUGUGAGCAUCCGAAACGUCGCGAAUAAUGUAGUUUCUUUGUUGUCAACUUAUUUUUUCGCUUAUGAAAAAUAUAAAAUUGCAACUAAAUCUUAGCUGCAAGCAGUUCAGCUGCAAGCAGUUCCGUUUCUUUUAUAAUUUAGAGAAUGUUUGUCUUCAUUAUAUUUUGUUCAUUUUUUGAAUGUUAUGAGUAUUGUAAAAAUAAAAAUUUAUGUUUCUGGUUAAACUCUAUUGUACUUGUUUUUUUUGGAAUGGCAAUAUCUAAUAUUGAAACUAACAUAUUUUUAUGUAUUUUUAUUAUAUUUUUAAAAAAAUAUUAAAGAAAAAAUGACUUUUGCUA